AGUACGCGUUAUUCCGUUGCAUUGAGAGCACGUCGUUUCGAUCGUGAUUGUUGAUCAUUAAAAUUGUUCGUACAAAACAUUCGCUUCGGUCGUGUGUUAUUUGUGUACUGUGCAUAAUAAAUAUUCGCAGUGUAUCAUUUCAAAUAGUUCAUCCUGAAGCAACAUGACUUAGAGCAGACACGAUGAAGGUCCUACUCCUCUUGGCUCUGAGCUGGGCGACCGCCGCGGCCACCUGCCCAUGGGCUUGCUCCUGCAGACCACCGGCGGCUGACUGCGCGCACAGAGGACUCCUGCAUGUACCGAAGCGCUUGCCUCCGGAUUCGCAUAGACUAGACCUUCAGGGUAACAAUAUCAGCAUAGUCUUUCAGAGCGACUUCCAGAACAUCAAGGAGCUUAAAGUUUUACAGCUGUCGGAGAACCAGAUUCACACGAUUGAGAGAGACGCCUUCCUCGAGCUGACGUCACUUGAACGAUUGAGAAUGAAUAAUAACGCCCUGGGAUCUUUAGCGGACGGCCUCUUUAUAAGACUAAGGCACCUACAGAGAUUAGAUCUGAGCCGAAACGAGUUGACAGCGAUCAGUCGCCGCACGUUCCGAGGAUUGACCGCUCUGAAGAGUCUACACCUCGACGGGAACCAGCUGAAAUGCAUCGACGAGAAAGCUCUGGAGAACUUGAAAAGCCUGGAAGUUCUGACUUUAAAUAACAACAACCUAACGUAUUUGUCGUUGGAGCCGGUCACCGUCUCGCGACUGAGCACGCUGCGGCUGAGCGACAAUCCGGUUGUCUGCGACUGUCGCGUCGCAAGACUGUCCACAGCUGUCCGGUCUGCUGGGAUCAUGGGCGUCGGCGCGAGGUGUCAAGCUCCUGCAGCUCUACGUGGCUCGUUGCUGACCGACUUAGAGCCUCACGAACUCAUCUGCAGUGGACCUACAACAGCUUCGUCUGGUGAAUGCUCAGCGGAGCCCCGCUGCCCGCCACCCUGUCGCUGCACUCCUGAGGGUAUAGUGGACUGCAGGGAGAAGAUGCUCUCAGAGCUGCCACCUACUAUACCUCACAGAGCUACGGAGAUUCGCUUGGAACAGAAUGAGAUAACCGAAGUCGGCAGCGGCGCCUUCUCAUCCAUAAAGAGGGUGACCAGGAUCGACCUGUCCAACAACAAGAUCGCCAAAAUCUCAGCGGACACAUUCCAAGGACUCGUACAUUUAACCUCACUAGUCUUGUACGGAAAUAAAAUAAAGGAUUUGCCGUCGGGAGUAUUCCACGGGCUGGGAUCGCUCCAAUUAUUACUGCUGAACUCGAAUGAGAUUACGUGCGUCAAAAAGGACACGUUCCGUGAUUUAGAGAAUCUAAAAUUACUGUCUUUAUACGACAACAAUAUACGAUCACUGCCGAAUGGUACCUUCGAUGCUUUGACGGGAAUCCAGACCUUGCAUUUAGGUCGGAAUCCGUUCGUAUGCGACUGUUCCCUCCGCUGGCUGGCUGCCUACUUGCGCAAGAAUCCCAUCGAGACGUCUGGUGCCAAGUGUGACUCUCCGAAGCGCAUGAACAAAAAGCGAAUCGACGCUCUCAGGGAAGAGAACUUCAAAUGCAAGCCGGGUGAGGGCGCGGGGGAAGCGGCGGCAUGCGGGGGCGCGGCGUGGUGCCCGGCAGCGUGCACGUGCGAGGCGGCGGCGCUGCGGUCGCUGUCCGUGCGUUGUGAGCGCGCCGGCCUUCGCGACCUGCCCCGGGACCUACCCCUCAAUACCAGGCUGCUAAUGAUGUCGGACAAUAAUUUGGGACAGAUAAAGUCUGACGGACUCUUCGGGAGGCUGCCGGACCUCACCAAACUGGACUUCAGGAACAACGGCAUAUCGGUCAUUGAGGACAACGCGUUUGACGGCGCCGCCAACAUCCAGGAGAUGCUGCUGGAUGGGAAUCUGCUGCAGACCGUCACCGACAAAAUGUUCUUCGGACUCCACAGUCUUAAUGUCCUAUCAUUAACGCAUAACAAGAUUAAAUGCAUCACACCGGGCGCAUUUGACCAUCUCACCACGCUCUCAACACUUGAGCUGUCAUCGAACCCGCUGUCGUGCACCUGUCACAUGUCGUGGCUGGCACAGUGGCUGCGAUCGCGGCGUUUGUCGACGACAGCCACGUGUGGCUACCCGGCUGCGCUCAGAGACGCCAGCAUCCACCACCUCGAGCCGGCUGACUUUAAAUGCACCCCCGAGGACAAAGGUUGUCUGUCGCCUGAGUAUUGCCCGGCUCAGUGCUCGUGCACCGGGACCGUGGUCCGGUGUUCCCGGGCGAAGCUCACCUCUCUGCCAGCCAACAUCCCCAAGCAAACAACCGAGCUAUACCUAGAGUCGAACGAGCUUACGUCGAUCCCGCCGGAUCAAAUCCGCCACCUCACGCAGCUGACCCGGCUGGACCUGUCCAACAAUAAGAUCAGCGUUCUCGGCAACAACACCUUCGAGGGCCUCACCAAGCUGUCCACGCUCAUCGUCAGCUACAACAGGCUGAGAUGUGUCCAGAGGGACGCCCUGAAGGGUCUGAGUCAGCUGCGGGUGUUGUCCCUUCACGGCAACAACAUAUCGCUGCUCGCGGACGGCGUCUUCAGGGACCUGGAGUCCAUAUCGCAUGUAGCGCUGGGCUCCAACCCCCUGUACUGCGACUGCCACUCCCGCUGGCUGUCAGAGUGGGUGCAGAGCGCGGGGGAGUUCGUGGAGGCCGGCAUAGCGAGGUGCGCUGAGCCUCCCGCCAUGAAGGACAAACUGCUUCUAAGCACUGCCUCUUCUGCUUUUGUAUGCACAGGCAACCCGCCGGCGGAGAUCAUAUCGAAAUGCGACCGCUGCUACAGCAACCCCUGCCUGAACGGGGGGAAGUGCCUCCCCGGCGCCGGGGGAGGGUUCGAGUGCGUCUGCGCCCGCGGUUACCAUGGCAACGCGUGUCAAUUCCAAAUAGACGCCUGCUACGGGUCGCCGUGCGCCAACGGACAAUGCCAAGUCUUGGAAGAGGGCAGGUUCCACUGCUCCUGCCAGCCGGGCUACACGGGGCUGCGGUGCGAGGUCAACGUGGACGACUGCCUUGGGAACCGGUGCCAGAAUAACGCGACCUGCGUGGACCUCCUCGAGGGGUACAUCUGCAAGUGCUCUCCAGGGUUCAUGGGAGAAUUCUGCGAGACGAAGAUACCGUUCUGCACGGCGGAGUUCAACCCGUGCGCCAACGGGGCCGCGUGCACCGACCACCGCAGCCACUACACCUGCAGCUGCCCCAAGGGCUACUCCGGACAGAACUGCACCGUCAACGCGGACGACUGCAUCAACCACAUGUGCCAGAACGGCGCGACGUGCGUGGACGGGCUGGAGGAGUAUCGGUGCGCAUGCGCGGCGGGGUACGCCGGGCGGUACUGCGAAGCGGCGCCCCACGCCGCGCUCGGCACCUCGCCCUGCGCCCACCACGACUGCCUGCAUGGGGUCUGCUACCUGCCGCCACCGCGACCCUUGCAGGACGACAUCAUCAUGGAGGAGCAUCCGCUGAUCUCGCAACCUAACGAUUACCUCUGCAAGUGCGCUCCGGGAUACUCGGGCCGGCUCUGCGAAUAUCUCACAUCCCUGACCUUCAACCACAACGAUUCCCUGGUGGAGUUGGAGCCGUUAAGGACAAUGCCGCAAGCCAACGUCACGUUGGUCUUCAGCACCAAGCAGCAUCACGGCGUGCUCAUGUACUUCGGUGAGAACGAGCAUCUGGCUGUGGAGUUGUUCAAUGGGAGGAUCAGAGUCAGCUACGACGUCGGCAACCAUCCCACCUCUACCAUGUACAGCUUUGAAAUGGUGUCAGACGGAAGUUACCACAAAGCGGAGCUUUUGGCGAUCAAGAAAAACUUUACCCUCAAAGUCGACGACGGACCCGCCAGAUCCAUCAUCAACGAAGGCAGCAAGGAAUUCUUGAGACUAGAGAGACCGAUGUACCUCGGAGGAGUGCCGCAGGAGGUCGCCAAGGAGGCUUUCUCGAAAUGGCAUCUGCGGAACAUAACCAGCUUUAAAGGUUGUUUGAAAGAGGCCUGGAUCAACCACAAGCGAGUGGACUUCGUGAACGCUGUCCGGGUACAGCGCACAACCCCGGGAUGCGGAGACGACGACGCGCCAGCCCCCUCCGUCAUCAGCGGCGUCCAGGACGACACCACCCACGAGGAGGACCCGUGCGUGCCGAACCCGUGCGCGCGGGGGGGGCGGUGCGUGCAGCGGGCCCGCGGACACUACUCCUGCCGCUGCCCCCCGGGGACCGCCGGCCCCCAGUGCGAGCUCCGCGCCAGCAUCCGUGGCGCCCCAGUGAUAACGCAAGCCAAGCUCCCCGCCAGGAGGACCGGGUUCAGCAACGUCCAGGCUUCUCCAGCUGCACCUCCUCAUAAGCAAGAGGUCCCGGCGGAGCCCUCGGCACCGAGCGCUACCCCACCGCCGUGCAAGAAGGAGCCAACCCGGGAGUUCGUGACGGAGGGCGCGUGUCGCAGCCGCCGCGCCGUACGGGGGGCGAGGUGUGUCGCCAGGACGGACCGAGGGGAGAGGCCUUCGGGCGCCUGUGGUAGGGGCAGCUGCUGUGCCCCGAGGAAAACCAAGAAAAGGAAGGUCCGUCUGGUGUGCUCCGACGGCACCAGAUACACCAAAGACAUAGAGAUAGUACGCAAGUGCGCGUGCGGCAAGAAAUGCAACCGUAACAAUCCCUUCCAGCACUGAAGACUCUGCGAUCCCAUCCGCGAACCAGCCUAAGAUAUCUAAGGAAGGGCAUUCACGACGCGACAAGUCACGUGACUUGUUGGACGAUUUCUGCCGCGCGAUAGGCAUUUCCGCUUAUCGUAUUUAUCGAUACGUGAAUUUUUAUGUGCAGUAUUAUUUUUUAGCAUUCGCUUUCGGAUGUGUCGUUCAGAUUUUGAUAUUUUUUUUGUUUAAUUAAUGAAGUUUCUUUUGUCGUAUUCUAGCCUGUUCGGACAAGAUGGCGCCCGACCACAGAGUAAAUACAAACGCAGUGAUCCUAUUUGUAUCAGUGUAAAUGUUUUCACUCCAUUCAGAGAUUUCGUUACAGUGCUUGUCAGUAAUAACAUUGAAUACGAAACUCCAAGAUUAAAUUAAUUGACAGACUGAGAAGCAUAGAAACUAUCUAAAGACAUGGAGUUCUGAGCGCCACAUCCGACGCUAAUAUUAAUUUUUUGCAUCGAACUUAAGUUUAAAGUACAAAUUAAUGGAUACACAAUAAUAAAUGAGGCUAUCAAUCGUCACACCUGCAAUAUUGUUCUCAAAUAAACCACAGACAAGAACACACACUCUCACCGCUAGAUGGCAGUAGGUGUAUUUUGAGUAGACAUUAACAAAAUUGUAGGUGAUACCCUAUUUACAUUUAUAAUUCUACCAACGAUAACAAUUUUUGCGAUUAUUAGUUUAAAAAGAAUACUUUUAAUUUCUCUUAAUACAGAAGGCCUAAGUAAUGGAUAACAGAUUAAUAUAUGUUAAGUUGUUUCAUGAUUAUUAGCGUAUUGAACGUGCUAGUGGCUAAUACUAAUUACGCAGUACAUUUGUACAUUCCAUCGCUACCCAUGGUCGUAUAUCUUUUACAGCGGAUAAGUAGACACUUUUCAUUGCCCAAAAUAAAAUGUCUCAAAAUUGCUUAGAUAAAUUCGACGCCACCCAUCCACCGUAAAUGUCAAAUAAUAUCAUUCAACAUUGGCAUUCAAUUAAUCAAUUCUUUAAGAACACAUUCAACAUUGGCUGAUUGUGGACGCUAUGACCACGUCGGUUUUAGGCAACGCUUCUGAAAACUUCGACUUGUGCUUUGCCAUUGUGAAGAUACCAAAAUUCCUGGUCACACUAUAUCGAGCGUGAACGAAGCGCGUGUGAGGUAUCUUAAAGCACAAGCUCUCUGUGAAGUACCACUCUGAGGAGUAACGACGUUUUAAAAGCUAAUUUCGCUUGACCGUGCACCAUAAUGCUGAUACCGAACUCCGCCCAAGAUAUCCACCAUCACCACCACCACUCCGGUACUCCGACGCGACAUUCUUUACAGCGAGCAUGGCUAUACACCUGUCUCCGAUGGAUUGGAUUGAACUAGAUACCAUUGACUAUAUUAGAGACAUGAAAUUAUUUUGAUGCUAAUGUUAAGUGAUUACCAGAGCCUAUAGCUACCCAUUUUAAGAUAUGAUUUCGGUAUCAGUUUUGUAAUACAACGCCUAUCUUGCCCUUCAAACUGGAACGCAUUACUGCUUCACAGUAAAAAUAGGCAGAGUGGUGGUACCUGCUCUUGCGUGUUCAAAAGAUUCCCAUAUCACUAACUUAUUCCAAUAAAUAAUUUUAGUAAUUCACACUUAGGUAGUCUGCAGUCUGUACUAUAAAAUAAAAUACUAAAAUAAAAUACGCUAUUCAUUACUCAAACCCUAAAAUGCCACCAGAACAAUUCUUGCCUUGAUAAAACUAUUGAGACAAAAUCAAAUUAUUAUACUUAAUUUGUUCAUUUAAAAUUAACUAGUUUGUAGGUAUUUGAUGAUUUUCAAAAUAAGAUUGAGAUGAAUAAAUAAAGAAAAAAAUUUAUUAUUUAUUAUUAUUCGUUGCUAUUUCGCUUCGUGUAUGUAAAUUAUAAUAAAAAAAAUUGUUUAAGAUUUAUAAUAAUAUAUUAUUGUAAGUUUAUAGCAUUCCGUAUUUAUUGUUUCUACGUAAAUUUGUAGGAGGAUUUCUACUGAAACGGUAGAGUUUCGAUAUAUUGGUAACACUAGAACAACGCAUUUAACGACCUAAACUAACUUAACAUUAGAUAUUUUGUAAUCAGUAUUAAAUAUAUUGUUAAUCGUAGUAAUAUAAAUACAAUUUAACCCGUUAAGAGUCUGAAUUUAGAGAGAUAGCUUAUAGUCUUGUACUCAUGAAACUAGACUUAUUGCCAUUGACAAUGACAGUGGCGUUUGCUUUUAGCUGUUAAUUUACAUAUCGUUCUUUUAACUAUGUAUUGUUGACACCAAGAACUCCUCCCAAGAGCUAUUAAUUGUUAUAAAAAUACAUCAAUAUUUAUCUUAUCACUGUGGAAGGUAGAAUUAGAAAAGGAUCUGACGAACUUCGGAUAAUCCCUUCAUUAUUUCACAUGAAAGUGGCGUUUUUGGAUCAACUUUUAAUUAACAUCACAAUCGUUUUGGCGGUAAAAAUUAUUAUGCCACAGACUAUAUCCCUCUCAACCUGCAGUGCGUUCCGGCUCACGCAUCAUAAAAAAGGUGCGCUAUUUAUAUAUAUUAUAUAUUUUAUAGUUAUUAAACGGCACAGAUCAUUAAUCCAAAGCACAACAACAACAAUCUAUUAAUAUCCAAAAUGUCGCUGGUACAUUAUCAGGCUUGCUAUGAACUGUGCAGUUGACACAGUGAAGUGUGGCGACUAAAUGUAUUCUACACUGUAGCUUAAAGUUUUAUUUUAAAAUCUCAAACGAAAUAUUAUUAUAUAUUUUAAGGCGCUUAGUUCGAAUUGACAUUUAAACGAUACAAAGUCGCCCUCUUACUGUAUUUCCAGAUUUAAACGUAUUGACAACCGGGGUCAUUGCUCCUUAAUCUCCCGCCAUUAUUUAGAUUUUAGACACAAAAAUACUAUUAUCAGAAAUCUCAAAACGCUUGAAGGAAGCUACACGUGAUGCUAAAGCUGGCUGGUACUUUGCACAGAGAGUGACUCUGGCUAUCCUACGAGGUAACACAGCCAGUAUUUUGGAAACUGUGCCCCCCUCAAGCGUAUUGGAAGAUUUGUUCUACUUUAUGAAUUGAUUUAUGUUAAAUCAUUAUUAUUAAUGUAAAAAAUAAAAGAAUAAAUACUCUAUAAUAACUGAAUUCUACCCCGAAGUAAUUUACCAACAAUUUUUGCACCGUUUCUUCUUUUGUGAACAACGAGAAGCUAUUUUUGCAGAAACUAUGUUCAACGCUAAGAUUCAUUUGGCUCUAUGGGUUUAAUUGUAUAUUAAAAUUAAUUAUUUGUAAAUCAAUCGAAUAUAUUAUUAGCGGGAAUAAUCUAUUCGAAAUUUGUAAAACUGCCAUGCCAAUAUUGCCAUAACCAACACGUAUUGUAUUUACUAUUUAUAGAAACUUUUGGUAGCUUUUUUUGUAUUUUUGGUAACAUCGAGCGUUAAAAGGAGUAGCUUUUUAAGAUGGUAUUUCAACAACUUCACUGGGGGAGAGCAUGGAGCUAAUUACUAAAUUUAACAUUGUUAUUAUAUUAAUGAAAUACACCUAUUAGUUAAGACUCCAAGGAUGCCAUUUACUCAACGUUAAUUAUUAACCUAACAUAGUUUGGUCGGAAUCAGAUGAGCGCUGCUAUUGCAUUUGUUAUUGAAAUAAAUUAUACACAAAAUAUACAUUCCAAUAAGAUAUUUAUUUGACCGACCGACUUAAAAAAGACAGGCAAUUCACAAUUCAAGUGUUCUUAUUGUGUGUUACCUGAAUUCUAUGUAAUUAAACCGAUCUUGAUUUUAAUUUAUUUUUUUUAAAACUGGCGCUUCUAAUGUUGCUCUAAUAGUUUCUGAGUUUCAAAUUUGUUGCAUGUUUAAUUGACUCCGACUACAUCGAUGUUGUCAUUCUAUUCAGCCGCCAUUCGUUCGCCGCUAGGGGCGCUGUUCUAACUCCAUACAGAUUUGAGUUAACUUUCAUGCGAUCGAGAAGUUAAAAAACUUGCACUAAGCACUCGGAAGUCAGUUUUACUUUUUUUUUAAAUAUUAAUCAGGCAUUAAAAUUGUUCGCCGUCUAUAUCUUAGUACCACCUUACUUCAAUCUAGAUAAUGAUUUAUUUUGAUUCGAAGACACCGCUGUCAUGUAAGAUAAUUGAGAUUUCGACUCUUGAGACAGGGCCAUGAAGUUGGCGUCAGGUCCGUGGACUCCUUUGGCUAAUUAAACGCGAUUAACUGAUAACUCGCUCACUGCUAAAGUCGAUGGAAUGCCGUUUAAAAGCUUUCUCCCAUCGCCGCAUCCUAAACAUUUAUUAAGCUUUAAGUUGAAUAAUGACUAAUUUAGGUUAGCACCCUUAAAUAUAGAACUGUGUAAUAAUAUUAGUUUAAUUUAUUUAUUUAUGUACUCGAAAAAAUAAAUUGGCAACAUUUGAAAAUCGCUAAAGUUUUAUAGAUCUAUUACGAUACAAUAACUCGUAUGAUAAGGCGUCAAACAUUGUUUAAAUUUUUUUUUCUGAGAAAUGGCUUCUCGUACAUUUGCCACAGCAAGCGCAAUAAUUAGUUCUUAAAGGCCGUUUUCCAAUUACAGCACAAGAGCGCAUUAUGUGGCAUAAUGCUCAACUAAGCUUCAGCAUAAUUUGGCAUUGUGCGUCACUGAGUCGCAUUAUGCUCUGUAAUUAACCAUUACUUAAUGGUAGUUUUCUAAUUACUGACCAAUUUUUCUCAAUCGUGUUAAAUGAAGUUACAGUUGUCGCCUACGUCGGUUUUCAAUACGAGGCAUUUUAAUAAUAUUUUUUGGUGAAGCAGUGUACUAAAAAGAUCACAUGCAUGUUUUAGUGUUAAUUAGAUGUAGGUACGCACGUAUAACUAGGCUGUAUGGUUAGAAGUCUGAGCGAAUAUGAAUACUUGAAAUUAGCCUGUGAAUCUGAUGUAGACUUGUAACAAUUGAACUGAUUUGUUAAGACAACGAUAAUAAUUAUUACUAUUGAAAUUUUUCUGUCUUUCAACAAAAGUGACAAAGUCUACGUUAUAAUUAUAACAAAAUGAAUUUAUCCCGAAUUCGUUUAUAUCUCGAUAUACAUAAAACAGUAUAUACAUAGAUAUGUUGAGAUACCGCUAUUUUUAAUAGUGUUUACUUUCCAAUGCAGUAAAGCCACUCCAUUUGAAAAAUUUCACAUUAAUGAAAGAAUACCAUGUACGCGGAAUAUAUUUAAUUAAAAUAAGUACACAAAUAAUGAAUUAAACUAAUAAUUUUAUAGGACUUAAUCGAUUAAUCGUAUUGUAAAAUUGAUUUACGUGUAUAUCGAUAAUCGCAUUCGCUUUUUUGAUAUAAUUAUAAUUAUUGCCUCAAAAACUUUAUAAUUUAUUGAUGUAAUAAAAUGAUGUUAGAUAA